AUGUCGGCAGUGAAAGAGGAGGAGACGGAACUGGAGGUGACAGAGCAGGAUGAGCUCCCUUUUCACAUCAUCACUGUGAAAACUGAAGAUGAUGACGAUGACAAGUCCUCUGCGCUUCAUCAAACCCCUUCUGCAGACAUUGAGGGCUGCGGGCAAUCACAGCAAUCUCACGCCAAAAGAACCUGCCCUUACUGCGGGAGAGGGUUUCAGAACACGUCCAAUCUGAAGGUCCACGUCAUGGGCCACACGGGGGAGAGGCCCCACAAGUGCUCCGUGUGCCUGAAGCCCCACAAGUGUGCUUUCUGCGGCAAGAACUUUGAUCGGAAGUCAAGCCUCCAGAGACACAAGAGGGAUAUGCAUCACAUGUGUAUGCUGUGUGAGAAGACCUUCCCGAAUGUCGCUUUACUGCACGAACAUCUGAAGACGCACAUAGAGGACGGGAGCGGGCACCAGUCCAUCCUCAAGUCCUGCUCCUUUUGUGGAAAGCAGUUCACAAACGCCACGGCCUUCAAAAACCACACCAGGACUCACACCGGGGACAGGCCUCACAUGUGUACGCUCUGCAAGAAGGGCUACAUGAGGAAGAUCGACCUCCUCUAUCACCAGAAGCAGCAUCACGUUUGCCCUGCAAGUGAAGACAUGUUUGCAAACGAUGCCGAGCUGAGCGAACAUGUGAAAUGCCACACACAGGACGGCGGUGUGGUGCUGGGGCCUCUGAGACCUUACAGCUGCUCAGUGUGCGAGAAGAAGUUUAGGACGAUGGCGCACUUGAACACGCACAUGUUUGUCCACUCACUGAAGAAACCGUUCAAAUGUUCAGUUUGUGACAAAGCGUACAGGUUUAAGGCGGACCUGAAGAAGCAUAUGUGUUGCUAG